CUGGCGCCUCGAACGGGUUCGCCCGCAAAGGAUGCUCGGGCGGCUGCAGGGACACAAGCUCGUCCCCGCCCCGCGAAGCAGCAGACGCCGAGCCCCUGCCCCGCUUCUUACGCCUCCUCAUUUCCCCGCGGGUCUCCAGAGCCCGUCUUGUAAAUGUUCAGCAUUCUGCUGCUUGACUGCUUUUUUCUGGGGACCAUUGCGGCACUGGCCGAGGCCGGCGGAGAGAGGCCACUGAGCCCCGAGAAGAGCGAGGUAUGGGGGCCCGGGCUGCAAGCGGACGUAGUCCUGCCCGCCCGCUACUUCUACAUUCAGGCGGUGGACACAUCGGGGAGCAGGUUCACAUUUUCUCCAGGUGAAAAGGUGUUCCAGGUUAAAAUCUCAGCACCAGACGAGCAAUUCACUCGGGUUGGAGUCCAGGUUUUAGACCGAAAGGAUGGGUCCUUCAUAGUAAGAUACAGAAUGUAUGCGAGCUACAAAAAUCUGAAGGUAGAAGUUAAAUUCCAAGGGCAACAUGUGGCCAAGUCUCCAUACAUUUUAGAAGGGCCAGUUUACCAUGAGAACUGUGACUGUCCUCUGGAAGACAGUGCCACCUGGCUACAGGAGAUGAACUGCCCACUGUCCAUUCCCCAGAUUCAGAAAGAUCUGGCGCAUUUCCCUGCUAUUGAUCCAGAAAAGAUUGCAGCCGAAAUCCCCAAAAGAUUUGGACAAAGGCAGAGUUUGUGUCACUACACCUUAAAGGACAACAAGGUUUAUAUCAAGACUCACGGUGAGCAUGUAGGUUUUAGGAUUUUCAUGGAUGCCAUCCUGCUUUCUUUGACCAGAAAGGUGAAGAUGCCAGAUGUGGAGUUCUUUGUUAAUUUAGGAGACUGGCCUCUGGAAAAGAAGAAAUCCAACUCUGACAUCCAUCCGAUCUUUUCCUGGUGUGGCUCCACGGAUUCCAAGGAUAUUGUGAUGCCCACCUAUGACUUGACGGACUCUGUUCUAGAAACCAUGGGCCGAGUGAGUCUGGACAUGAUGUCUGUGCAGGCCAACACGGGGCCUCCCUGGGAAAGCAAGAAUGCCACAGCCCUCUGGAGAGGGCGAGACAGCCGCAAAGAGAGGCUUGAGCUGGUGAAACUCAGCAGAAAACACCCAGAGCUCAUCGACGCUGCUUUCACCAACUUUUUCUUCUUUAAACACGACGAGAGGCUGUAUGGUCCCAUUGUGAAACACAUCUCAUUUUUCGAUUUCUUCAAGCAUAAGUAUCAAAUAAAUAUUGAUGGCACUGUGGCAGCGUAUCGCCUGCCCUAUCUACUGGUGGGCGACAGUGUUGUGCUGAAGCAGGACUCCAUCUACUAUGAGCACUUUUACAAUGAGCUGCAGCCGUGGAAACACUACAUUCCAGUUAAAAGCAACCUGAGUGAUCUGCUGGAAAAACUUCAGUGGGCCAAAGAUCAUGACGAAGAGGCAAAGAAGAUUGCAAAAGCAGGACAGGAAUAUGCAAGAAAUAAUCUCAUGGGUGAUGACAUAUUCUGUUAUUAUUUCAAACUUUUCCAGGAAUAUGGCAACUUGCAAGUGAGCGAGCCCCAGAUCCGCGAGGGCAUGCAGAGGGUAGAGCCACAGACUGAGGAUGACCUCUUCCCUUGCUCGUGCCAUAGGAGAAAGACCAAAGAUGAACUCUGACAUGUAAAAUACCUUCCCGUUCAAAUCAUGGUGCUCUGAAGACUCUUCUUAGCUGAAAGGAAGAAUAUUUUUCAAGUAUUAAUUGCAUAGAUGAUAUAAAAUCUGUGAGACUGUUUGCAUUAUGAAGAUGUUUCUGCUUUACAGUAUUCCCAUGACUGUCCUUGAAAACACAUUUUUAGAAUUUUAUAAUAAAGUCACAUUUAUUUUAAAAGCCA